AUGGGAGAGCCUUCGGUGUGGGCAGCUGCGAGAGUGGGAGACGAGGAUACCUCUGCUUCCUUCCCAGUGGUAGAGGAAUCAGGCCCGGACGCACGAGAUGAAGAUGGAAGGACAGCUUUGCAUUGGGCCAGCACUGUUGGGAACGAGCGAGUUGUCGAGAAUCUGUUGAGUUGCGGAGCAGACAUAACCAUCGGGAGCUUGAGCGUAUUGAAGGUGUUGCUGCAAGCAUGCCAGAACCGAGGGGAGGAAUGCCUCUUGAACAUAAGGACCAACGAAUACCGGCAUUCAUUGCUGCAUUUCGCAUGCAUGAAAAAUCGCACCAACAUCGUGGAGAUGCUACUGGACGAGUAUGGGAUGCCAAUCAACGAUGGCGACAGUACAGGAAGCACACCGCUGAUCCUAGCAACAAGAAUCGGAUCUUUGUCGAUCUUGCAAGCUCUGCUUCAACGAGGAGCAGAUGUGCACGGUCGUGACCUGGAAGGCAAUACCACCUUCCACUUCGCGUGCGAGAUUCUCAAAGAUUCAUCCCUCAACAACGAACUGGCCUGGAGCACUAUCCAGCUUCUGCUGGAGCAUGGAGCGAGCCCCAUUGUGGCAGACAUUUCGCCCGUCGAUGAAUUGAGUUUCGAAGCUGCAAGGAUGCUUUCAAGAAUGCAGAACGAAGUGAGAAAGAAGAAAAAUCUCUCAAGCAGGUCGGAGGCAGAACAAUCCUUGUUGGAACAAGAAGUCUUUGAGAAAGGUAGGAUCGGGGCGGACGACGCGGUUGUGAAACACCAUGACAACUGCCGAACAAACUGGGAGAAGGAGCACGAUGAAGACAUGUGCACACGCGUCUACCUUUGA